CCAAUCUACGACUUUAAUUCUACUUCUACCCUUUCAAUUCUUCGAUCCCUCGCGGAAUCCUUCUCCUCCUCCUCAAUGGUGCGAUCUUGCUCUCGCCUCUGUCCAUGAAUCAGUCGCAGCUCCUACAAUCGAUCCCUCGUCGCCCAAUUGGUUCUGCAGCCCGGUCCUGUCCCUUGCUCCAUGGCGCAGUUCAGGAUAGCGGCCAGCCCUCGAGACGAGGAGAGCGCUGGUGGAAGCGCAGAGGACGACUCGCCCACAUCGAAGAGACCUCCUAGGGACGAAUCCGCAAUUUCCUUAACGAGGUGGGAAGCUGCUGCUGCGGCGACCGUGUUUUUGGUCUUCUCUGUCGGGCUGUGCUGCAUCUUCUUUACAAUGGCCGAGGCUGAGUACGACAAGAUCCUCAGGCUUCCGCGGAAUCUCUCGGAUCUUCGUGUCCUCAAAGAAAAUCUGGCUGUAUAUGCGAGAGAUUACCAAGCCAAAUUUAUAUUUGGGUACUGUUCUAUCUACAUCUUCAUGCAGACAUUCAUGAUACCUGGAACCAUAUUCUUGUCAUUACUAGCUGGAGCGCUUUUUGGUGUGGCAAAAGGUAUUAUUCUGAUUGUUUUAUCUGCAACAUCCGGUGCUUCAUCUUGCUAUUUUCUUUCAAAGUUGGUUGGCCGGCCUUUGGUUAACUGGAUGUGGCCAGAUAAGUUGAAAUUUUUCCAAACAGAGAUUGCAAAACACAGAGAAAAGCUACUAAAUUACUUGCUCUUUCUGAGGAUAACUCCAUCUUUGCCGAACACGUUUAUAAAUCUGGCAUCUCCAAUUGUUGACAUUCCCUUUCGUACUUUCUUUCUUGCUACAUUAGUUGGUCUCAUUCCAGCAUCUUAUAUUACUGCCAGAGCUGGCCUUGCUCUUGGUGACUUGAAGUCAAUUAGAGAUCUGUACGACAUGAAGACGCUCAUAGUACUCUUCCUGAUUGGAUUCAUCACCAUAUUUCCUACAAUCUUAAAGAGAAAACGGAUAUACGAAUAAGACUUCCAGGUCAAGUAAUUUUUUUUUUCAUGCUUUUCUAAACAACUAUUUUACCAUGUCUUACGAUCUCUUAUGACAUCAGAAAUUUGCUUUACUGAUUUGCCAAUUUUCUGGAAUCAAGAGGAAGUAGAUUGUAAUGUCAAAAUGAAAUAUUUGCUCAUUGUUUGUUAUUUUUCCUGUAGAGAUUAUAACAUUGGUGUAAAUCCUUAGCGGCACUAAAUGGUUAUUGUUUCUUUAUA